CUCACACACACACACACACACACACACACACGUGGAAAUAAAAGUAGCGGCUCGAACUAUUGGAGCCGUUUUACACAUUCAGCGUACACACGGAGGCUCAUGAAGCAACGAGUUGCAAGUGAGAGGACAGCGUGGAGCUUUUACGCAGGGUGGUCUUGACGCACUACUGGAGUCCACGUUUUGACAGUUUUUCCCCUUUGAGACCUCGCUCUUUCAAGGAUCCCCCCCACCCCUCCCCUAAUUAUUCCAGAAUUUACGACAACGAUGUUAUCCACGCACCUGCCCCUGUUGGUGUUCAGGUGUUUCCUCGGUGUCGCAUCGGUUCGGCUCGCGCAGCAAGCGGGCUCCACGAGCGCGCAAGAAGCACGCUUCCCUCGGCCGCCCUCCUCAGGCGACCUGGACCAGGACGUCCUACUCCAACACAUGUCCAAACUGUACGAGAGAUGCAACAGGGAACAGCGUCUCAAAGAGGGCAACACGGCCAGGAGCUUCAGAGCAAGCCAAGUGCCCUCUGAUAUCAGGACAGUGUACCACCUAAACCUUACGACCCUCCAGGACUCUGAGAUGAUCCUGUCAGCCACAUUCCACUUCCUGCUCGGACAGCUCCCUCCUCAAAAAGCGUGGAUUUGUAAACGCUUCAAGAGCGCAUCCUGCCGGUCCUCCGCCAUGCAGCCAUCUUCGUCCGUCAGCCUGCUCCUUCGUGCUGUCUCCUCAGGGUCGGGAGACAGUUCUGGGUCAAACGGGUCAUUGCUAGGCAAUGUGACCUUCCACCCCCACAGGAGAGGGGUGUGGCAGAUGAAAGACGUGACCCAGGUCAUAAAGGAGGCGAGGGACAAGGGUCAUCGCCAUGUGUCAGUGGAGUUGGACUUUGGCCAGCAGUACCAGAGGAAAGCAGAAGAGUCAGGCAUGGCCUUCCUGUUAGUCUACGCAGAUGACCUAACUUUGGCAGAACCUAACAGUGUGUCCCUGGGUCUUCAGAGGUAUGACCCGUUCUCUGAGGGUGGAGAGCCCUCUCAGUCCCCCCACCUCCUGUAUGGACACAAUUUCUCACCAGAUUUGAAAGGACGUGUGAGGAGGGAAGCAACAUUUCUCUCAGACUCCAUUCAUAACAAUGAGCUGCCUGAGGUUGACUACAGGUCUGAUGGAUACAGGAAGGACGACCUUUGGGAGAGCUCAUGGUAUCCCAAAUUGAAAGUCGGAAAGCAGGAGAAGAAAAGAAAGAACCACGACGACGGGGGCCAGAAUGGUAGUGACAGAGAUGAUAGAGAAGAAUCUUCAGAAAGAACGUCAGACAGGUCUAAAGCUGAAGAUGCAGCUGUGGGAAGACACAAAGAUAGUCGUACCCAAGUGGUAGACAGUCAAAGGCAAGAGCAGAGACAUGAGGUGAGGGACAUAAGGAAGCGCAAUAAGGGAAGUGCUCAUCACUCCCGCUUACCUGUUUUGAAUUUUGAUGAUGAAACCAUGCGCAAAGCCAGAAGAAAGAAGUGGGGAAACACUCGGCACCACGGCUGCUCCAGAAAGAACCUCAGAGUGGAUUUUGCAGACAUUGGCUGGAGCGAGUGGGUCAUAGCACCCGAGGCCUUUGACGCCUACUACUGCUCAGGCACAUGUGGAUUUCCUAUGCCCAAGGUGGUGAGGCCCUCAAACCACGCCACCAUCCAAAGCAUAGUCCGAGCUGUCGGGAUUAUUUCCGGGGUUCCGGAGCCCUGCUGCGUACCUGAGAGGAUGAGUCCUCUGGCAGUCCUCUACCAAGAAGAAUCCAAGGAUCUGGUGCUCAAGAUUUACCCCAACAUGUCUGUAAAGUCCUGCUCCUGCAGAUAAAAUCAUAACAAUAAAGGCACACUACACAACAAGACUGUUGUAGCGUGAAGGAAAAUGACUUAUGGAGAGGAGGAAAUAACUUGGAGUCACUCUGGCUUGGUGUUAUUGGCGCAGGAAGAGAGGCUGAAGAACAAUAAUUCCCAUGUUGUCUGUCCAGCGACUGCAGACUCUUUCUAUCAUCGCUACAUUUGCUGUGGAGACAAAACUUUAAUGAAAGAAUCACAGAGAAGUUCACACAGAUAACUUAUAGACCUAUUCUCUAUUUAUGCUAGUGUACUUUGUACAGCUGUACCUAUUUCAAGGCUCUCUUAUGCUACCCCUGUGGCAUAAAGGCAUUAUACAUUGUGAUGUACUAAAAAUUGAACGGUCACAUCUGGAAUUCCUUCUCACAGCAUCCCCUCUCAUAACACCUCUAAAGUAUUAUGAAAGCAGAAAUAUUUUCUUAUUUGUUCCAGUAAUGAGGCUAUGGGCUGUUUAGAUGUUUCUUUGUACAUAUGUGUUUAAAUUAUGAAAAGCUAAAAGGUAGCUGUCUAUAAAGUAGAAUAAAAUAGUAAUUUAAUCCAACACUAGUAUAAUUUUUUUUAAAUAUAUAUUUUUGUCCGUCUUAUUAUUUGCUAUAUACUGGGUUGGUGGGAAGGGGGGCAUUUUGUCAAAACAAACCUAAAAGGCACCACUGUUCAAAAAGAAGUGACUACAAAGGCAGGAAGAUUCCACUCAAACAUACCUUACCCUUCCCCCGGCCUCCCCAAGCCUCUUGACCUAUUAUUGCCCCCACCAAAGGCUUCAACGUCUGUUAUCCACCAAAUAAUGUGACUGAUGUGGCCGUGGUGGAUUAAUGGUUGAUGGAGGAAACAGGCAUGCGCUAAUUAAGAUGUCAGCCACUUGAACUUCAAAACGUGGAGCACUUCCUCUUUCCAACCCAGGAUCCCCACUACCACAAGCACCCCCCAGUUCUAAAUACAGGAUGUUCUCCUCAAAGGACUAUCUGAUGGACUGCAGAAAAUCUUGAGAAUUUGUUUUUAAGAGGGAGCCUUCGUGUCUGAAACUGUCGAUUAAAUAACAGAGGGUACCUCUUGAUUGUUCAGCUAUUAUUACACUGCGGUCGCUUUGCCGUCGGUGUGCAAAAGUUGGCACUGAGCUGCACAUCUGUUUGCAACAAUAGAGCGCUUUGAAGUUUCCCUUUGCCGACACUGGAUGGUCAUUUUGUCUCUAAAAGACAUGUCGUAAGCACUUGGGGACAGACAGUUCUGUUUACUGCACUCAAGAGCUCUUUCGGAAAGUGUGUGUGUGCAAAUCUGAACAGUGUUUGCCAGCAACAUUAACUGCUGUCACCUCAAAAGCAAACUCUUUCUGUUGUGUAUUGCUUUUUUGAAUGUUGUUCAACAACCUACAUAGAGUGCGACAAUAUUUGUUACAUUGUCAAAGAGGAGUUGAGGGACUUACUGUGGUUUUUAAUACCAGACUGAACAUGAAAAAUACUCCACAUUAAAGAGAGCCAUACAAAUACCAUGGAAAGUCAAUAACCUUUGUGUACAUUUACUCCUGAUACCAAGAGACUGCUCCAAUGCAGGUUUUUCGAGGAAGAAAAACAAUGCACAUAUGUAUUUGUAAGUGUCCUUUGAUUAUGUAUAGAUCAAACUAUACACAGUAUCGUGUGAGUGUUGUUUUAAAUGGGCAAUGUAUUUUAUUGUA